AGCCGCCUUCGUUCCCUUUUGUCCAAGAUGGCGGCGGCCGCCGGAGGCGUCUCCUGAGCCGCGGGCCCCGGCGCCAUGAAGCGGGGCAGCGAACGGGACUCCAGCCCGUCGGGGGCUGGGGGAGGCCGCGCCGCCGCCGUCAAGCGGCCCCGCGAGCGCGAGCGCGAGAGCAGCAGCCGGCGCGGCCCGCACCGGAGCUCGGGCGCCUCCCGCAGCAGCCGGGACAAGUCCACGCCCGGCAGCGGCGGCGGCGGCGGCGGCGGCGGCGGCUCCAGCUCCCGCAGCCACCGCGGCGAUGAGCGCGCCGGCGGCGGCGGCGGAGGUGGCGGCAGCGACUCCAACCACCGGCCGGCGGGGAGCGGCUCGGCCUCGGGCGCCCGCGGCGGCAGCCAGGCCGCCCCCUCGUCCUCGUCGUCGUCGUCGUCGUCGUCGUCGCGGGCGCUCGGCGUGCCCAAGGCCAAGGCCCUGCCGGGCGCCGUGGUGGCCCCUUCGCUGCUGCUGGCCGGGCCGCCGCCGGGCGCCGCGCCCUCGCUGCUGCUGGCGCCGCUGGGGGGCUCGGCGGGCCUGGCCGGGGAGCCGCCCGGCUCCUGUGAGUACAAGACGCUGCUGGUGAGCGGGCUGAGCGCGGCCCUGCCCGACCAGCUGCUGGAGGACGGCCUGUUCCGCCUCUUCCAGCGCUUCGCGGGGGGGGGCGCCGGGGACAUCAGCGUCAAACUCUCCCACACGCCUGAGCUCGGCCGUGUCGCCUACGUCAACUUCCGACACCCCGGGGACGCCCGGGACGCCCGCCGGCACGCCCGGGCUCGGCAGCUGCUCCUCUACGAUCGGCCGCUCAAGGUGGAGCCGGUGUAUCUGCGCGGGGGCCGGAGGAGCCGCACGCCACCCCCCGCACCCUCCCCGGAGCCCCUGGGCUACCUGCCACCCAUCCACAGCACCUACCAGUACAAACAGAGGUCGCUCUCUCCUGUCACCAGCCCCUUGCUGCGGGAGCCACGGCCGAGACACGCUCACGCUGCAGCCGCUGCCUUUGCUUUGGAAGCCGCUGCCAUCGGACUCUCCCGGGAGCGGGAGAGGGCUCUGGAUUACUACGGGCUGUAUGACGAGCGCGGCCGACCCUACACGUACCCCAUCGUGGCUGAGGAAGACUUGAUGCCAGAGGAUGACCAGAGAGCUACUCGGAACCUCUUCAUUGGCAACUUGGACCACAACGUCUCGGAGGUGGAGCUGAGACGUGCCUUUGAGAAGUACGGCAUCAUCGAAGAAGUGGUGAUCAAGCGCCCUGCCCGGGGCCAAGGUGGGGCUUACGCUUUCCUUAAGUUCCAAAACCUGGACAUGGCACAUCGGGCCAAGGUUGCUAUGUCGGGCCGUGUGGUUGGCAGGAACCCUAUCAAAAUUGGCUAUGGCAAAGCCAACCCUACUACCAGGCUGUGGGUGGGUGGUCUUGGUCCGAGUACUUCCUUGGCUGCCCUCGCUAGGGAGUUUGACCGCUUUGGCAGCAUCAGGACUAUUGACUAUGUGAAGGGAGACAGCUUUGCUUAUAUCCAGUACGAAAGCUUGGAUGCUGCCCAAGCUGCCUGUGCGCAGAUGAGGGGCUUUCCUUUGGGUGGCCCGGAGAGGAGACUCCGCGUGGAUUUUGCCAAAGCUGAAGAGACGAGAUACCCGCAGCAGUACCAGCCUGCGCCUCUCCCCGUGCACUACGAGCUGCUGGCUGACGGGUAUAGCAGACACCGAAGCCUAGAGCAAGACUUGAGGGUGCGAGAUAGGACUCCUCCGCACCUCCUGUACUCGGACAGAGACAGGAGCUUUGCAGAGGCAGACUGGGCCAGCCCUGCCAAAAACGCUGAACGCAGAAACAACUUGGAAAGCUACAGCCGAUCAGUGCGCAGCCGGAGCGGAGAGCGCUGGGGCAGCGACAGCGAUCGUAACGUGCCCAAACCGUGGGAAGAAAGGCGGAAACGCCGGAGUCUUUCCAGCGAUCGUGGGAGGACUACUCACUCGCCUUACGAGGACAGAAGCAGGACAAAGGCCAGUGGGCCAGCUUUAGACCGCAGCCCAGACAGGGUUCGCAAAGAGAAUCACACUACAGAAUCCGGAGCCGAGAAAGAGCAGAGUAACUCCCUUCAGAACAAUCGUCAUGCGACUGAGGAGAAACCCCAUCGUGAAGCAUCCGAUGCUCCCCAGCCUAAAAAAAGGGACAGCGAACGCAAUCAUCGAACUGGCGAAUCGGAAUCAAAAACUCACGAGGAGCCAAAAUCUGAGACCAAAAAGUUAAAGAAUUUAUCAGAAUAUGCCCAGACACUGCAGCUUGCUUGGAACGGGCUUCUUGUGCUAAAAAAUAGCUGCUUCCCUACGUCUAUGCACAUCCUGGAAGGAGACCUGGGCGUCAUCAACGGACUCCUCAAAGACCAUUCGUCAGGCGGGAAGUUAACGCAGCUCAAAAUUGCUCAGAGACUUCGGCUCGACCAGCCCAAGCUGGAUGAAGUAACUCGCCGUAUCAAACAAGGCAGCCCCAAUGGCUACGCUGUGCUACUGGCCACCCAGUCCACCCCGGCAGGGGCAGGGGCCGAGGGGACCUUCCCUGUUGUAGAGCCUGGCUUGCAGCGACGGCUUCUCAGGAAUCUGGUCUCCUACUUGAAACAGAAGCAGGCUGCUGGGGUUAUCAGCCUGCCCGUGGGAGGGGCGAAGGGCAGAGACAGCACAGGCAUGCUUUACGCCUUCCCUCCUUGUGAAUUCUCUCAGCAGUACCUCCAGUCAGCACUAAGGACAUUGGGGAAGUUAGAAGAAGAACAUAUGGUGAUAGUUAUAGUCAAAGACACUGCCUAGCCCACACUGUCUUUUCAAAUUCAUGUUUUCUUUGUGUGUCACACGACCCAGUUGUUUUUAAGGCCGAUCAUUUUGGUGGAGGCUCAAAACACCUCAGCCAAAAUGGUAAGAUUUUUAGUUUCUAAUUAAUUUUAAUACCAUUUAAAUAGAGCCCAUUUUAUUCGUUUUUAAUAUGUGACACUGUCCGCUGUGUUCUGUAUUUUUAUUUUUUAACUGUAUGAAAAGUUGUCAGUAAAGCCUUGUUCACUGAUGGAUUUCUAAA